UAAUGGAACUUAUUAAAUUUAUCUGAGUGUUUCAGAGUCAUCAUCGUCAUCGUCACAUGCCCGGUUGAAUAUCGCGCUGGCUUUGUAUUUUGAUAUUACAGACGAUUACAGUUCACUGUUUUGAUAAUAUCAGCGAUGUUCGCUUGUCGCUGAGUGGUGUGGUGCGGUUUUGCCGGCGCUUUCCUACGAUCUGUGAAGCAGGAAGACGCAACGAUCGUACAAAACACCGUUCGUGCGCGUCCUUACUGCGUCGGAUCAGUGGACCACACCGCUUAGGGGCCGAUCGGCUGUUUACUAGAACUGCGCCGGAUCAUCAUGUCGUCCCCGUCGUCUGCGCCGCUGCAGUUCGUGCCUUUCACGUCGACCAUGGACGGCACCUUCUGGAAUGAAUUGAGUACUCGGAAACUCUUCCAUUACCGGCUCCGCCAGGGACCCUUCGAAAUCAGCGCCGCAUACAGCUGUGGUUCGGCCGCCGGUCUCCCCGCGCUGGUCAACCUCGACAUGGGAUCGUUCAAAGACGCCGACGGAGGCCUCAAAACUCCAGAUUCGUGUCCUCUGCAGGGCCUGCUGUACCUGCCCAACAGCCUCGCCGACAUGAAGAAAAUGGACAAGUCUGAAGUGCUGAACACAUCUGGCAAGCUCGUGUGGGCAGCCAUGCAUGAUGGCCAGGCCAUCAAGGACCCGAGCCUCCUGAACCGUUUCGUGGCGCUCAUCUACAUUGACCUGAAGAAGUUCACCUUCUGCUACUGGUUUGGAUUCCCUGUUGUGCGCCUACCCGAGGAGGUGACCCUUGCCAAGCCACCACAGUGCCUUGGGGACGUCUUUGAUGACAGCAGGAUGGCUUGCCUGAACGACGCAUAUGCUGACCUGGAGACACCCGAGAAGCGGGCCGCCUUCCUCGUCGUGCCAUCAGGAGAAGAGGUGGAGAUUCGUCCCUUGGAACAGCUGCCCACGCUAGUGGCGGACUGUCAGCCCUUCUACCUGGCCUUCUCGGACCCGUCAACGUCCACCAGCCACCCAGGCUGGCCACUCAGGAACCUACUGGCACUGGUCGUCCACCACUGGGGUCACCUGGUCUCGCGGUGCGAAGUGCUCUGCUACCGGCGUGAGGCUCGCCACGGACAUGUGGACAGUAGCCACAGCCUUAUCCUCGACGUCCAGCUGGGCAACAACGCUACCGCUUUUGACAGCAGCGCACCCGCGUUUGUCGGCUGGGAGCGUAACGCCGCAGGCCAGCUGGGUCCCCGGAGCGUGGACUUGAGCAUGAGCAUGGACCCAGCUCGGCUGAUGGAGAAUGCACUCCAGCUGAACCUGCAACUGAUGCGGUGGCGGCUGGCACCAACACUCAAUUUGGAGAUUGUGGCAUCCACAAAGUGCCUUCUGCUGGGCGCUGGCACCCUGGGCUGCAGUGUGGCCCGGUGCCUGGUCAGCUGGGGCGUGCGCACCAUCACGUUCGUCGACAAUGGCGUUGUGUCGUACUCGAACCCGGCGCGCCAGUCACUGUACACAAUUCGAGACUGUCGUGACGGCGGCCGACCCAAAUGCGAAGCCGCUGCCAAUGCCCUGCGUGCUGUUUCGCCUGCAGUAGACGUGCGGGGCGAGAACCUGACGGUGCCCAUGGCAGGUCACAGCGUGCCCUCCCAAGCUGAGGACCUUGUGCAGGCCGACGUCGAGAGGCUGGAGGCACUGGUCGCCGAGCACGACGCCAUCUUCCUACUGCUCGACACCCGUGAGGCCCGCUGGCUGCCGACAGUGGUGGCAGCUGCACAGCGCAAGAUUGUCCUCAAUGCGGCGCUGGGCUUCGACACGUUCCUCGUCAUGCGCCACGGCGUCGCGGCGGGCGAGGCCGGAGACGACGCCGAGAAGCUGGGUUGCUACUUCUGCAACGAUGUCGUCGGGCCAGCCGACUCGACACGCGAUCGCACCCUCGACCAGCAGUGCACCGUGACAAGGCCGGGUGUCGGUGCGAUCGCUGGUGCCCUGGCCGCCGAGCUGCUGGUGGGCCUUUUGCAGAGUCCCCUGAAGGGCCGGUGCCCUGCACUAGAUGAUGCGGAGGCCCCCUGCGAGAACCCCCUGGGGCUCGUUCCGCAUCAGGUCCGAGGUUUCCUGGCCCGGCACGUGUACAUGACGCCCGCCUGCAUGGCCUUCCCCAUGUGCACGGCCUGCUCGCAACCGGUGCUCGAGGAAUACGCCACUCGGGGCUGGGAGUUUGUGCUACAGGUGCUCAAUGACGCUGCCUACCUGGAGAAGCUGACGGGACUGAGCAGGCUGCACGAGGAGACAGACCUGGACCAGGUCUGGGCGCUCAGUGACAGUGAGGACAGUGCAUCGUGAGGAUGCCUGUUUGCACACCACAGCAGCACACCUCAGCUGGAAUAUUUUGUGCGGUAAAACAAAUGGCAUGAGACCAGUAGAAGCGUAACGGUGUAUUUAAUGUGAUUGUUCACACUUGGGUGGAGUACUCUCUCUUUUUUCCCCACAGCAUGGCAAAUGCAGCUGGCUAGUUGAGUUUGAUAUCAUACUGCGCAAGAUCGUUGCGAAUGUUCACAAAGCUAUACACAAUUGCUGUUGCAUCUCAUCAGCACAUGGCAUACAAUUGUAGGCGUGUGGUAUGAAUUUUAUCUGUGGCACAUUGUUCAUUGCUCAUACACUGGCCAUUUCAGAUAUGCAUUCUGCCUGAAAUGUGCAUUUUCUCGCUGACUGUAUCUGAAGGUUACUAUUUCACGAAGUCAUGAGCUCUUGUUCUUAGUUAGCGUUUACCUAUUAGAAAUAUGUGCUUGAUGCAAUAAAUGUAACCUUAGGAUGCAUGAAGAAUAAAGAAGACUGGCUGCUUGUUUGCAAAGUAUCACGUGAUCACUCAAAUUUCAGGCACUGUAAAUAGUUUGCUAUGAAAGGGGUUCUUUUCUACUCUGGCUGUGAUGAACUGACAAUGGUGCACAAAAUGAACUGUAUUUGGAAGGAUGGCUUGUCAUUUUGAAGUAGUGUUUCUCGACAAGGCACGACUGGGCUAUGGCGGAUUGCUUUAUUACCUUUUCUUUUUGUCCAGUCAUGAAACUUCUAUGGUAGAGCUUGCUAUGUCGCCCAAAGUGGACACAAUGUGGUUCAGAGUCAUUUACAGGGCUCUUGCCAUUACUCAGGAUAGGUUAACUCCCAUGCAUGUAGGCCGGAAAGCUGCACAACCUUUCCUAUUGUAGUGUUGAUGGAGAACGCAGUAGAAACUGUGCAUUUAUGCAAAUGCCACUAACCACACAAUUCCUUAAAUAUACACUUGCUAGAAGCACACUAAAUCUGGAGAUUUUAGUCCAAUUGCUUAUUAGCAACAAACAUGUGCGCUGUGACUUGCACUUCAGCAGGUAGAUGAUUCCAGUCUUUUGUUCCAACAGCAAAAAACUGGAAUCAUCUUCUUCCUGCUGAAGCGGUGCACCAUUCCAGUCAUUCGUCGUUCAAAGCAUUAAUAAAAAAUAUAACCUACUAGAUAUGCCCACCCCUUGUGUAAAACCACGAAUGGGGUAUUUGAGGCAUCAAUAAAUAAAUAAAUCUGUAAAUACCACGUAUACUAGUGUAAGGGCCAUACUUUUUCUUCUAGAAUCUGGGCUGGGUGCGGCCCUUAAACUAAUCAGGCCAAAGACGGCCCGCUAUAGGUUCAUACUGUUUCCGCAACUGUAGGAAAUGGUGAGAGAGGCGUAAAUGACAUAACGCUGCAGUAAACGACCUCAGAUGAGGGCCCAUCGUCCCUGACCAGCGCUGACCUAAACACCCUUCUCUAGAGCUGAAAUGCCACCUAUCCGACUGCCAACACAUCUGAGACGACAUGCCACACAAAGGAAUAAUGGUGCGGUGGCGCCUGCCUGAGCAGCGGAGAUGGAAAAGUAGCUAUCUUCAUCUAGCGGCAGCGGAACCAAUUCACUUUCUGGCGGUUCGUUUUGAAUUUUUCCCCAAAAUUUCGCCCUCCAAAGUGGGGUGCAGCCCUUGCACGAAUAUGUGCAGUAAAUAAAUAUAGGCAGUUAUUGUGGACCGCGAAAAAUUCCCUACUGUAACACUGCCACAACGGUUAACAACACCAUGGUACUAUAACAACUAAGUUUAUACAACAUGCAUUUAGUGUGCUUCCAGUAGUUUCUUUUUUAAUUUAAAGAAUUGUGCAGUUAGUGGUAGUCACAUAAAUGCACUGCUUCAUUUGUAUUCUCCUGCAAAAUUGCAGUAGGGAAGGUCGCACAGCAAUGUAUGCAUGAGAGUUUGCUUACCACGGCUGAUGGCUAAGUCCCCUCUAAAUGGCUGCACAUCAAGUUGGACAACAUACCGGGCAUUCUGAUAAAAGGUUUUCAACUAGAAAAACAAGGCAGGACUUCGGCACUAGUACACGCAUUUCUCCACUGCACAUCCUUAGCAUGCUGCUAGUCCCAAGAGUAUGUAUGUAGUGUAUGUAUGUACUUUGCUUUAACUGUGUAGAUAAUUUUUGUGGGGUUAUGUUUUCUUAAGGAGGGAGGUUGGAAAUAUUUGAAUAUUUCCAACCUACCUUACCCAAUUUGCAUUUGAAUUGAUAAGUUGAUACUGGAGAUUUUUGAACAUUUGCUAGUGGCUGAAUAUACUAUGGUUUUGAGCCUACAAGUUUGAGCAGCUUUGCAAGGCUGCUUGAAAUGUUACUCAUUUUUUAACCCAACUGUAUAUACUCUAGGCCAUUUAUUCAAUCAUCACUACAAAGCACUACACUUCAGGGACCAUCUUCUUUGUUCAGAAGUGCUACUUUCUGGGCUACAGGUUGCAGCAAAUAUGUGAGUUGCGUAGUGAAGCGACAGUAUCCAUAUCCAAAAUUUGUACGAUCGCACAGAUUAAUUACGUAGCAAACAGAACAUGUGCUUGCUGUUUAUUCGCUUACUUUCAUUGAAGCAAGUCAGUGACGUACUCAUGUGUUUUCUUAGCUGAUAAAUGAGGGAGUAGGCUCUUCCCAGACGCACAGAAUUGCACACCAGCGGCCGAGCUUGCCUCGCAGCGAACUUCACUGUUUGGCAAACUCCACAUGUUGUCCCAACUUUGCUUGCCUGACAUUGAUGUUGAAGCGCUGAACGUUCCAGUCAAUCAGAAAAGAUACAGAAUAGCGAUAUUCGUCUUGGGGGAGAAUAAUUAUAGUGGGCAGCUUAGUAUGACACAAUGUAAACAGAAACUUCACCUGCAAACUUUCAAGGAAGUAGGAAAAAUCUAGGACUUAACAUACUCCAUAAUAAUUAUCAUCGCAAAGUCGGCACUCAAAGGCAGAGCCAACAUACAUACCUCAAAGACUAAAUCAAGCGUUAAAAACAAGAGAAUUUCCUUGUGAGGAUGGUGUGUUUUGAUAUUAUUCCUUUGUGCACAAUAUUGGUGAGUGAAAUAGCCUUCCCUUCCAGGUUAUGUCAUAUUCAGCAAAUAAUGGUUUUUUAUCACACCGAGUGCUCAUUAUGUUUGUUUUGUUUUAUUGUUAAUUCCCCGUUGCUAUAGUUCUUGCACGGGUGAUGCAUGUAUAUAAAUAAAUAAUAAUGAAUAAAACGCCGUUAUCUUGUC